CCAACACAUGCACGAGUCCGCAAACAUUACAGGGUACCAUGGAAGUUGGUCAGAACGAGGUCACGGAAGAAGCCCUUCGGAACUUCCCGAACGCGGCGCAGCUUUUGGAGAAAAUUGAAGCUCAAAUGAUUCGGAAGAACGGAGUCGCUUGGCUAACAGUGACAGUGCAGCGAGAGGUUUUGGACAACCAACUGCACUGGAGGGCUCGACUGUCGCUGUCUGAGCCACACGCCGUGACGACGGACGCCCUCGCCAGCACCAAGAAACGGUCGCUCGACUUGGCAAGGGCUCUGAUGUGCCAGAAAUUGCAGAAGCUGGGGUUCGAUAUGCCGAACAUCCGAAACACCGCGCCGGUACCUUUCACCAAACUAACGGCAGGCGACGAUGCAAACGGGAUUUGCGGCGAACCAACAGAGCCGUCCAAGCAGGUUGUCUCGCUGGCAGCACCGAGGAGGAUGUCUACGUCCAAGAACGGGCAGACGUGCCAGAUGCCCAAACCAGUCGAGCUUGAUGCCAGGUGCGUCAAGGUGGUGACAAACAACAUCUACACCAUCGUCUGCCGGGAUAGGGACGACCCUGGCCUGCGACCGGAGUACGAGUACAAGGCGACAGAAGCAGAUUCUGGCAUGCUGACGUGGGAGGCGACGGUGCGGGUGCGCUGGCCGUGCGACCUCGCAUUCGAAGGUCGCGGAAAUUCCAAGUCGGAGGCGCAGAGGCAGGCUGCAUCCGCUCUCUUGGAGUACCUCGAGGACAAUGGCCACGUGGACAGCCACGGAAGUCCCGUGACCUGUUCAGAGUCGGAGAGAAAGGCCCUGGAGAGCACUAGGCAUGGUCCGAUUAAGAUCUCUCUGCCAUUGGCGUGCAUUCCGACGAUGCGCAAGCUUCUCAACGAGUUUGAGACGGUCGUGUCAAACGCCAAACCACUGCCAGAUACCGAAGACACCCUCGAGGACGACCUGGACGUCGACUCCAAUGACCUGAACGGAUCCGUAGCCGAGCCGAUGCGAGACAUCAUGACUGGACGGCCGCUGUCCGUGACGAGCGAGGAGUUUGACUUCGAGAGGAGCAAAGAACUCUACUUUAACCUUGAGGAAGCUUCUUCAGAAAGCAAUUCCUCUAUGAAUGCGGUCAGGAGAUCCCUUCCAAUCUACGAAUACAGGGAACAGAUUGUGCGCACCAUAGAGAACAACCGGGUCGUCGUGCUCACCGGCGAGACCGGGUCUGGCAAGACGACGCAGGUGCCGCAGUUCAUCUUCGAGGAGUUCAUCAGCAGGGACGAGGGCGCCAGGUGCAACGUCGUGGUGACUCAGCCGCGCCGGAUUUCCGCCAUCAGCAUGGCCGCGCGCAUCGCCAAGGAGAGGGGAGAGGAGCUGGGCGAGUCGGUCGGGUUCCAGGUGCGGCUGAGCAAGCAGCUGCUCCGCCGGCGGGGGGGCGUCCUCUUCUGCACGACGGGCAUCCUGCUGCGCCACCUGCAGGGGAACCCUACCCUGCGGGGCAUCUCCCACGUUCUGGUGGACGAGGUGCACGAGCGGGACGUCUGCACCGACUUCCUGCUCGUGCUGCUUCGAGACGUGCUCCGGGUGAACCCCACGCUCCAGGUGGUGGUGAUGAGCGCUACGGUGAGUGCCCAGAAGUUCUCGAGAUACUUUGGCGGGGCACCCAUGCUGAAGAUACCAGGCAAGAUCCACCCUGUGAAGCAGUACUUUCUCGACGACAUCCGCCGCCUCCAGAUGGUGCCGCCCGUCGUGAGCAAGGCCAACGCCGAUCCGGUGAAGUACGUCCCUGACGUGGUGACGCACCUGAUGAGGCACCAGCCUCCUGGCGCCAUCUUGGUGUUCCUGCCUGGCUGGAAUGAGAUCUCGAGGGUGCGGACGGCCCUCUGCAAGCAGCUCCAGCCACCGGACGGGGACUGGGUGCUCCCGCUGCACUCGCGGCUGCCCUUCAAAGAGCAGCAACGGAUCUUUGACACGCCUCCCCCUGGUGUGCGCAAGGUGAUCCUCUCGACAAACCUGGCAGAGACCUCGCUGACGGUGGAGGACGUAGUGUACGUGGUCGACUCGGGCCUGCACCGGGACCAGCGCUACGACCCCCUCCUGGGGGUGCCGCUCCUGGGCACCUUUGCCACCUCGCGCUCCAGCGCCCGGCAGCGGCUGGGCAGAGCCGGCCGGGUGGGGCCUGGGGAGUGCUAUCACCUGUUCACGCGGGAGGAGCUCGAGGCGAGAGAGGAGUUCCCGCGGCCGGAGAUGCAGACGACGGCCCUCACCAAGGUCGUCAUGGACUGCAAGCUCUUUUGCCCGACGACCCCCGUGGGGGACCUGCUCUCUCUGGCGCCGGACCCGCCGGCUCCCGAGAUGAUCCGCAAGGCGAUAGCGGACCUGCAGGCCAUGGGUAUCAUGGACGCGGAGGAGGAGCUUACGGAGCUUGGCCACUGCCUCGUCCACUUUGGCAUGGCUCCGCAGCUGGCCAAGGCUCUCGUGUAUGCUGCCUUCUUUGGAUGCCUGGGCCCGGUGCUGUCUCUUGCUGCCCUGCUGUCUGAAACCUCAAACUUGUUUACGGACCGGGAAUCCAGCAGCAAGAGCAUCAGAUGGGUGAAGGCCUGCCACGACCCGAGCAUGAGGAGCGAUCACCUGGCCCUUGCCGAGAUCUUCUCAAGGUGGAGCCAGCUCGACUCUCCGCUGGAGCAGCAUCGUUUCUGUCAGCAGCACUCUCUCAACAUGUUCUGCCUGAAGACAGCGCAAGGUCUGAAGCAGGAGUUUGAAAAAAGCCUGACCCGCAGCCUUAUGCUGACAGAGACACUGAAGGGCAGCGGCGUGGAGCUGUUUGACGGCAAGUCGUGGUGCAUGGCCCCCCUCAUGUCGGGAGUCCUGACGGCAGCGCUGUACCCGCAAGUGCUGCGCGUCUGCAAGGGUCGCUUCAAGGGCAGGAACCAGCUAAUGCGCAACGCCGUCGACUUCGUCUGCCUGAACUCGAAGCGGUCGUUGGUGUCUGAAGAGUCCCUGCUCCACCGCAAGCCUCCUGAAUACGAGCACCCUUGGCUGGUUUACCUGAGCGCCAUGAAGCCCUCCGAGCACCAGCCGACCACCGUGUACGACUGCACCCUCGUCACCUCCCUCCACCUCAUCCUCUUUGCAGGACUCACCCUGGAUCUCGCAGAGGACUACGUCUUCGACGCCGCGACGCAGUCGCAGAUGGCCACAGAUCAAGCGUGUCUCUUCAUCGACAACCAGCGCCUGCUGGCAUUUCGCUGCGGCCGGGAGGAGGCAGAGCUCAUGUGGCGCUGGCGCCGCAUGCUGGACUACAUGAUGGAUCUGCACCUGUCUCUGCGCCAAAUUGAGGAACUCAACCAGGAAGAGGAACACCUCCAACGGAACCUCUGGCCUCAGAUCGUCGAAGCCACAGCCGAGAUACUGGCUAGGGCUCAGGCUUCGUCCUGAACUUGCGGCUUCGGCUCGCACCCCAUGUUGUUGGCCGCUAGGUGACGGCCACGCUCUUCUGGUCUUCGGGAUGUCGGUGCUGCAAGUGUGGACAACAAAGUGACUUGCAUGCAGGGUCUUAAAGCCACAGCUGAGGUAUUGGCUAGGGCUUGGGCUUCUUCUUGAAAUUGCAGCUUUGACUCGCACUAUGUGUUGGCUGCUAGAUUACAGCUGCACUCCUCUGUUCUUUAAGAUGUGAGUGCUGCAAGUGUGGACAGCAAAGCGAUUUGCAUGCGCGAUCUUAAAUCCUUGGCCUAGAUAUUGGGUCAAGCUAAUUCACAGUGGAGGAUUUGCCGGGAUGACUUGUAUCAUCUGCUGCGGACCAUCAUAAGGUCGCCAACAAUUUUUUGAGUGUG